GCGGCGGAAGUGAGAGCGGUGGAUUAUGGGUCAUCGUUAGCUGAGUGGCUAACGAAGCUAACGCGGGUUAAGGAUGAGCUGGGCGACGGAGCGGCGGGGCGAAGCGAAGCCGAGCGGUCCUGUUCGUGAAAACUAAGUUUGCUGGAAGACAGAGAAGCUGUUUCUCUCCCACGAACGAAAAACAAGAAUGGAUCCAGCCCUACUGAGAGAGCGAGAGCUCUUCAAGAAGAAAGCCUUAUCCACACCCACGGUGGAGAAGAGGCCGGCUUCUUCUGAGUCCUCGUCCUCGAAGAAGAAGAAGGCCAAAGUAGACCGCGAGGGGUCCACGGGGUCUAAGCACAGUUCAGACAAGAGCAAUGGAUCAUUCAACCUGAAAGCCUUAUCUGGGAGUUCGGGGUACAAAUUCGGAGUGCUGGCAAAAAUCGUCAACUACAUGAAGACACGGCACCAGCACGGCGACACGCACCAUCUGACCCUGGAGGAGAUACUGGACGAGACUAAGCUGCUGGAUAUCAGUGUGAAGCAGAAACAGUGGCUCGUGAUCGAGGCCCUGGCCUGCAACCCCAAGAUCGAGGUGCGUGAUGGGAAGUACGGCUUCAAGCCCAAGCACCCGCUGAAGGACAAGAAGGCGCUGCUGCGUCUGCUGGACAAGCACGACCAGCUGGGCCUGGGGGGGCUGCUGCUGGAGGACGUGGAGGAGGGGCUGCCCAAUGCGCACAAGGCCCUCAAGGCCCUCGGUGACCAGAUCAUAUUCGUGACGCGGCCCGACAAAAAGAAGAUCCUGUUCUACAAUGACAAGCACUGCCAGUUUGUCGUGGAUGAAGAAUUCCAGAAACUGUGGCGUAGCAUUCCCGUGGACUGCAUGGACGAGGAGAACAUCGAGGAUUACCUGAAGAGACAGGGCAUCUCCUCCAUGCAGGACACUGGACCAAAGAAACCGAUGCCGAUACAGAAAAGGAAGAAGCCAGGCAGUCAGAAGAGGCGCUUCAAGACGCACAACGACCACCUCUCCGGGGUGCUGGAGGACUACUCUGAAGGGGUGCCCAAGAAAUGACCCUGCAGAGCCAACGACAAGCAGCAGGGGGCGCUGUGUCUCAAUAAUGGACUUGUCUUUAACAGAGCCAAGGACAGUUGGUCUAAGCGAAAUUUAUCCAGGAAUUUAUUAUUUCCACACAGUAAACCGGCAGUGCCAAUUAUCAGACACACAGAAUGUUUAUACGUGUAAAUGUAUUUUUUCCUUCAUGCGUGUUCCUUAGACGCCAGGCUUUUAUAGAGGCGUCAAGGUUAAUUUUUUUGCAACAGCUUUUGAGCUUUUAGUUCAGGAGUAUAAAUGCAAGCUGGACUGUUUGAUCAUCUUUUAAAGAUAAAGAUCAGGAAUAUGGUGAAUUGAUUUUUUUUUUUUUUUUUUUAGCUUUUCAUAAAUAAAAUUCCUGACCUCUGAAUUUA